GGCGUUCAGGCCAGAUGCUAAGCGCCUUUUGUGACGACUUUUGUGUGUGCGUGUAAGAUGAUCGACGGCUCUCUGCAGACAGACACAUGCAAUGGAUGCGGGCAUGAGUCAACGACAGAGUCCGUGGAAAAAAUGAGGGCCGCAUACAUACAUAUCAAUUCAAUUAGUCCAGUGAAAAAAGACAGAUAAUCACAUUCAUCCAUUCGAUCACCCCCCCACAUCAUAUCAUAUACCCUCACACAACACAACACAACACAACACAACACACCGAACUCAGCUCUCAACCCCAUAUAUAAUGCGGUCAGCCAGCCAGCUAGGGGUGCAGUGCCACCUGCAUCUCGUGUGUCUGCACCUCACACACGUCCAGUGGCCGGAAGGACGCACCACCCAGGGCAUGCCGCCCAACCCACUCCUUGAUCUCCUGUGGGCUGCCCGCAGCCACCAGACCCAUGGCUGAUGAGGCCUCGAUGGUCACUUGACCCUGGCUGCCUCGUCGCAAGCUCCUUUGCGGUGACGGCGAGUCGGACACCUGCACUCACUCAUCCAUGGGGGGGAGAGGGAGACAAGAGAGAGUCUGUGAGUGAAUGUGUGAAUGGCCGCGUCUCUUUGGCGGUGUCGUGCGUUGGUGCAUGCCGAUGGUUGAAAGUGGCUUGGGGUUCCCUCGGUCAGGUUGUCUGGCCUGGACAAGAGCACCCACAUCUUGGCGCACACGUCAUCGAACAGUUCACGGAGCGACGCGGGAUCGCUGCAGCAGACCACGGCGAGACAAACAGGUAUACGCAGUCGGUUUCACACACAUCUGCACACACGUUGACUCAUUGUCUGACCUCUGCUGCGGCUUUGGCAGCGAUGCGAGCCGCUGCUUCCAAGCGCCGACAAUCGUCUAAGCAGAUAAGAUACACACAGCCCGUUGCGCCACACCACGCUUCACAUGCAUGCCUUUCCUUGUUGUCAAGCACCUGUCUAACGUCAGGGUCGGCGAGCACACUCGGCAGCAUCCUCAGCCCCGAAGGACCACCAACGGGCGCCACAAACCCACCCAUGGGCAACAGAGGGCCCUGCGGCACAGCCGCCUGCUGCUGCUGCUGUCUGGCCUUCCUGGUUGCCGUGGGACUGACGGACGAUGUGAGCCCCAGUGAUGCCCGCGUGCUGUUUAGGUUGGGGGGCGGCGCGGCACCUGAGUGCUCUGCAACGCUGUGGCACCCUGCGUGACGUGACCGCGACACAGAGAGAUGGAUGCAUGAUCGAUUACAUGUGGCUUGGCUGUCGUGUACAGAACAUACAUGCGAGAUGGAAUUGGUGCAUAAGUGGCAGGACGACCCGUGGAAUGACUCCGAAGGGCGGGAGUGUGAUCGCCGCCAGGCUGGCCAUCGCCUCUGCCCCAAGCCGGGCCUCGGGCACCGCAUCCACCGUCAGCCUACACGAUACGACCAUCAACCAACACGACACCGUGGUGACCAGCAGCAACUGCGUCCCUCUUCCCUUGUCUGUCCUAACGUUGAUUUCAGCAGGGGUGCGUGGGGGCUUCCCGUGGUUGCAGAUGCCGUGACCUGCCCGCCCACGGCCCCCACAGGCAGCAAGACGCUCAAGCCCCUCCGCUGCGACCCCUGCAGACGGGGAAUGCUCUGCGCGUCCAGCCCCACUGUGUGCUCGACUGUGCCGCCCUGCAGAGAAAUCUCGUGCUUUUGUUGUUGCAGCUGCUGGGGGCUGGAGGGCGCCUUGCCUGCCCCUGCACGAGACAGCGGAAGGCUUGACAGGGGCAGCUUCGCCCAACCGCAGGCAAUCUGGUGAUAAAUGAAGCUGGUGCAUCAUUGUGUGUGAAUGCUAGUGUGGGCGAAUGAGACUCGCCCACCUGAACGGGCAGCGGGGAGGAGCCGCCGUUGUGGUCUGCUGGCCUGUCAGGUGCUGGAGCUGCCGGGAUGGCGGGCUUCAGGAGGUGCUUGACGACCCGCAGCGAUGCUUCGAAGAGCAGCGAGCAGCAGUCGAUGAGCCUCCUGUCCUCGCCGGUGGAUGGCAGGUGGAGGAUGGCCAUGCUGUCGUCAGUGCGGCCUGAUGCGCCACUGCUGCGGAAUGACCAAGUGUCGGGCGACUGCGGAGACACGCUCGCUCCGAACACGCAACUGCCACUCUGUCACAAACACACAUCGCAUACACAUAACUAACAUACAUGCCCCCACGCAUUGCAUUGCAUUGACAGGCGUGCCGUGCCGUGCCCCCCCACCUGGUAUUGCCUGGUGUGCUCGUUGUACACGGUGAUCCGCAGCUGUCUCCCGCAGACCUGCCACGUCCCAUCGAUGGGCUCCGCCACGGGCCGCCCUUCCACGUCUCGAAAGGGCGACGGUACGCCCCUCAUGCUCUCCAGCACUAGCCCCACAAACACCCCCACAUCCCGCCUCUUGGACUUCUCCUUGGGCUUGCCACGACACAAGCCGCGUCUCUCCGCUUUAGGGACAAUGCGGUUGGGAAAGAGGUGUGUGUGGAUGAGGGGGUGGGCCGUGAGGAGACCGCUGCUGUCCGAGGCGGCCGUGGGUGGCAGCGCUGAGGGGCGGGGGACGGCGGGAAGGCGGCGGAAAUGAGGCGGCAGGCCGACCAGCGCCCCGACGUAUGCGUCCAAACGGAGCCGGCGAGAGUGGCUGAAUGAAGGGACGAUCAGGAUCCAUCUAUACAUUCGUUCUGUCGUGUCUGUCUCUGUGGCGUGGCGCCAGAGCCCACCUAAAUUUGAGGAGCGCGGCAGCGGUAGCCACAUCUUGGACCGCCUCGGUGUCUCUGGCUUCCUCCUCUUGAAUGAGGGACAUGAACUCGUCUAUGUCAACCGUCGCAUUUCUGUCACGGUCGGCGGCGUUGAAUAUCGCCGAUGUCUCCGCAUCAGUGAGGGACACGUUGCACCGCUUCAGAGCGGUCGACAGCUCCUCGCGCGUCAGCCGACCGUUCUUGUCCAGAUCCGCUGCGUCAAACGCCUCCCGAGCCUGUUACACACACACACACACACACACACGAACGAGCAUUCGAUUGGCGCGCUUCUCUUUUCUCUUUAGCUGUGCUGUACCUGUUGGUAGAAGUCUUGGUCCUGUUUAAGUGCCUGCUGCACGUAUGGGGUCAUCAGUGCCCGAAUCUCAGCGGCGUCGAGCCGUCCGUUGCCGUCCCGAUCGGCCGCUGCGAUGAGUCUCUCCACUUCCCAUUGAGGCACCUCACAACCUGGACACGGCCCAAGCAAGCGUCUCGUGUGUGGAUGAGUUAAGUCCGCCUUUCUGUGUCUCCCCCACCGAGGGAUAGCAAGGCGAGGCGCAGCUCACUGCUGUCGAUGGCGCCGUCAUUGUUGGUAUCAAAAUGUCGAAAGACCACCCUGUGUAUCUCUGCGUCCAUCUGCUGCUCCAGCCGCAACUGGGCCGCCACACGCCGCAGGGUAAAGGCAAACUUCUCAGCUGGUACUUGAUCACGACAGCCACCAGUUGUUCGACACAGGAAGGCCACGAUCUCCGAGCAAUCACUGAGAUGGAUCUCCGCCUUGUGGUGAGACGACAGUCGAUGCAGCCCAUCGGCUCUGAGCAUUCUCUGCGGGGACGAUGGCUGGCUUAUGGCGUGCUGCUCGCAGGCCUCGAGCGUUCUUGCAAAAGACCAGCCAUCAAAGUGCUGUGCCAGAGGCCGCAGAGCCCGCAGCGCAUCCUCAUAAGCGUCACGGAGGUACUGCUCGAACACAGCCAGGUCGAUGUACCGAUCGUAUUCCGACCGGCCGUCUGCCGCACGACCGCCGAUCUGCAGGAACGCCACUGCAUCCUGCACCUUUCGCGUCGCCUCCUGGUCCACUCCCACCGAAAUGCUGAAGUAAGACCUCAGAACUUCCUGAAGCUGGUCGGCUGCCAUCAUGCGGCUCGAGAGCGUCGCAGCUGCAGCUGCGUGUCUCUCCGGCGAGACUUCAGCCUGAACCUGCAUUUGGAAGGGUGCGAUGGCACCUUCCACCGACGGCACCCUCGUCUUGAUUUGUCGACACAGCCAGAUGACGGCGGCCUGCCCCCGGACCUGCCAGUCUGGCUGUUCGCCGAAGUGUGGUGAUGGGAGUGUAUGAGCGGCGUCGGCAGGUUGGCGGGGCGGCGGGACAACUUGGAAGGGCGGGGAAGGGGUCCGGGGAGGUGCAGGGGGGAGGGAUGAGGGAGCAGGCACGAGGGCGUCAAGCAGAUGUGUGGAGAUCCAUCCAGAGCAGCUGGGAUCCAGGUACCUGCAGCACGUGAUGAGGGGGGGGGCGUGUUGAAUGCUACCUUCUUGUCAUUGCUCACUGCUGCAUGGCACGGAUCUCGAAGGCUUCGAAGUCGAAUCCAAGCUCCAUCCACAAAGACGCAAUCUCACGCCUACAGAAGUGACGACAACGCCUCAGGUCAGAUAAGCAGCACACACGCAGAUGGGGCCGCUGCGCUUACGUCAUGAGUGCAUCUCCUGAGGGUGUCGCCAUGCCUCUCCGUGCAGCCGUUUGGCCCAUCGCCUGGCUCAACGUCAUCUGGUCCUGCUCCAACAAAUCUCGCUGCGCACUGAGGAGCAGUUCUCGCACGCCCCGCACUGUUUGGCUGGACAUGACGCCCAGCAACCCAAACCCAUCGCGGAUGUCUGGUUGACGGAGGUGGGUGCCGAGGGCCUUCAGGUGCUUUGAUGCAGCCGAGGCAAUGGCGUCAGGGCCUUCACGGUCCGGCAGGAAGGCCGCCACGUCCGGUGACCGUCCGAUGAUUGCCUGGACGUGAGAUUGGAUCGCGUCGACAGGCAUGGGGGGCUGAAACGAGGCCGUGAGAAGGCCAUGCAGCUGUUUCAGGGAAUAAGGGAGAGACAGGUUGGUCAGGAGUGCGUGAAGAGCAGCAUAGGUAAGGGGCAGAUCCAGUGCGCCUUGGAAGCCUUGCCAUGUGACCGAUGGCUGACCGAGGUCGCGGGCGUAGUCGAAGAAGCUCUGCGUCUCUUCCUUGCUGAAGGUGGAAGACAGUGGGCUCGCCCGCACGGCCUCCUCCAGAGUGCUUAUAUUCUUGAACAGCACUGCUGACGGCGAGCUCACGAGAGGCACCUGCAGCUGAAGUCGUCGCAUUUUCAUGGACGCCUCGAGUAUCUGGAAAGGGAGCUCACAGCUCAGCGCGCGAACCGCAGCGUCGAUACCGGCAGUGUCAGGGCGGCCGUGUCUCUGUGUCGCCGAGGAUUGGUCGAGCAGGGCCAUGGUGAACAGGCCGGAAGCCACUUGCAUGAGCGACUUCGUGUCGCUUGCAGAAUCGCUCAUCAUGUCCCUUGUUGGAUCGCUCAACAAUGACUCGGUCAUGCUCAACCAGCUGGUUCGAGUCAGCUCCCGAGAUGGUCCCAAAUGCACUCGAAGCCAUUCACGCACCACUUCAGCACUGCUCUCCUCGCCGACCCGAGGGCUCAUGCGGGAAGAGCUGAGCUGGGCGAGCUCAAUCUCCCCUCUCAGCUUCGACACUGCAGUGUUGUUUGCAGCCAACAGACAGUCGCGAAGCGCCAAGGGAGACGCGGCACCAACCUUCGUCAGCAGAUGGGCGACGAUAGGGCCCUCGAGGAUUGCCGGGGUCCGCGUGCGUAAGAAGUCCAUGAGGUCGGCUUCAUUCCACUGUGCUGUCGCUUUCUCCUUCUCUGCCUCUUCACAUUCUUGACUGAACCGCCGAAUAGCCGCCUCCUCUCUCUCCCCGUGGCGCCUUGCGUGAAGGAUGAGUCUCAUGCGCACAACCCACAGCACCGAAGAGCCAGCCAGAAUACCCCCGAGAAGGAUAUCGGUGCCGACGUCUGGUAAUGGGGCAGGAGGAACGGGUGUCGGGGGUAUGGGUGGCUGGAUCGCGGGAGGCGACGGCUCAGAAAUAGGCGGUGGCUGCGGCUGUGGAUGUGGCGGGACUUCCCUUUCUGGGGCGAGGUCGUGCAGUGCUUUUCGGAGCUCUCUGAGUGCGAUAGUGUUGCUGCCGUCGCGAUCGAGAUACCCGAAGAGCUUCUGGCCACUGAUCGACGACACACGUAUCUCCCUGCACAGCCUCAGAAACUCCUCUCUGUCCAGCGUCCGGCUGCCGUUCUCAUCAAGAUGAUCAAAUGCACUCUUGACGCUGCCAUAGCACUCGAUGAGGCGCCCUCUGAACUCCUGCAUGGCUUCUCUCCGUUCUGAGUCCUCGUCAGACUCAAUGGCACUCAGUGAUUGGACGUCGUCGGGGCUGCCGCUCAUCGAUGUGGAUUGCUGCGGCGGCUGUGGUGCCGCCAUCUCCUGCGGUGGCUGCACCCUUAUCUGAGGGGCCGAGGGAGGGGGAGGGGCUAGUGCUUCCUGCCGCGGCUUGACAGCAUCGGUGUCCAGUGGGGCUUGCUGUAAGAGGUCCAUGACCUGCUCGAGAGUAAUCACACCGUCCUGCUCUUCGUCAACGAGGAUGAAGAUAAGUCGAGCCACGACACUGCGAAGGUCUGCCUCGCUGGCCCCUUCCACGUCAACCAGGGCUUCCAUGUCCAUGAACAGCGACGACGCGUCCACCCCAACGGUUAACAUCGCAAACGCCUGUGCCAGGAGGUUGGAGCUCAGGAGGGUGGUGGGGGUGACCUCUGCCCUCAUGACCGUUGACAGCGCGUCCUCCAGGGCCGACAUCACUCGGCUUCCGUAGUGCUCGUCGAGACACAGCGCGAAACGAGUGACGAGCUUGCCGUAGUCGACUCUCAUCGCGAUGGCCCAGUCAGGGUGUGACUGCGCAAAAGGGAGCAUCACACGCUGAUUGAAGAUGCGCAGGACGGCAGCAAAAGGCGUCGGAGCCGACAGAAGCCUUUCUCGUGACGACGCCCUCUCCGGCCGUUUCUUCCUAAGGGCAGUCUGCAGCUCGUCGGCUGUGAUGCAGUUGUCCCUCUUGCUGUCGAUGAGAGAGAACAGGGUCAUGGCGUCACCAAUGCUGAUACCCAUUAGCAUCAAGCGAUCGACCACGUCGCCCAAGCCAAGCUUUGUCCCAGUUGUCUUCGGGGGAGCGCCGCCGUAUGUGGAUGUUCGCACAUGGGCACGCUCAGCGGCCUCGAAUGCAUCCCUUAGUGAGGCGUAGUGCUGCAGCACAAGGUCACGCAGCUUGUUGACCAGCGCUGCUCUCUCCUCCACUGAGGGCCUCCGUUCGAGGUCGAACGACGUCUCCGAGGAGAACGAGGACGCCCCUGCAUCAACACAACACAGUAGACCAGAACAGGAUUGUUGAAUGAUUGCUUACACUGGGCGCAGGCGAUGAGAUGUCGAGCUUGGUCUCUCGUCAGCUCUCCCUUGCCUUCAACAUCCAGUGCUCUGAACACGGUACUGAAACAGCUGUCCGUCGUCCGUGCGAACACGUUGCAGCGCCUCAGCCACCGAUCAAUUUCAGCCGAACUGACGGUAGCUGGCGAUGUGUCGAGCGAAUCAAAGGCCUUUUGGAGCGUGCCGAAUCGGUCAAGCAGCCGACGCCGCAGACAGACAAUCACAGCCGACUCUACAGACAGAAGCAACAAAUCAACCAACCAACAUCGAUGGCCUUCGCCCUAUUUGGUCCAUGUUGUUGUCGUGUUGUACCUUCACUCUUUGGAUCAGGAAAGACAGCCUGCACUCUGCUGUGACUGUCCCCCUUCAGCUGCAAGUCUAGCAGGUCGUGUAACUCACCCCAGUCACCGAUCGCCGCCCACCCAGCGUCAGCCGGGCGGUACACGUACGUAUAGCGAGACGCUCUGCGGCCGCUAUCGUCACCUCUUCGGCCGUUGGUUGGCACAGAGGCUGCCUUUGCUGAUGCUAUUUGGGUCUGGCGAGGCGCUGAUCCGCCCGCGAGCGACUCGAACAGGUCAUCUGCAGGGCUGGUCCCAUGCGUGUCUAUAUGAAGCAUUUCAACCCGCACGCCCCACAGCUGCAGAGCGCGGGAGAUGGUGGCUGGCGACACGGGAGAGCGGGGCUGUACGUCCGUUCCAGCAUACAACAUUCGAAAUGCCUCAUCAAGGGAGAAGAAACGCACCAGAAUGGCCUCUCUCAAAGCUUCCAACGCAGUGCCUGCGACGACGCCAGCAAGAAAGGCGCACCCGUAGUGUCUCUAGUCUAUGAUUGUGUGUCGCCAGACCUUGCGGCAGGAUUGCUGACGUCCUGCGCAUCGCUUGUACAAGCUGGUCGACUGUGACAAGUCCAGAGCGGGAGUCAUCCAGGGCCGCCAUCAGGUCGGCCACGUCCGCGUCUCCUCGCUUGAAGAGGGCAAUGGAGAGUCGCUGGAGACCCUCAAUGGGCAUGGGAUCAUCAACACCGUAGCCAAAGUCUGGUGGGUGGAUGUCGACAAGGGAAUGUGUGCAAUGCAUAGACACGGCGAUCAGCCUGCAUUCCUGACCUUGAGCGGUGCGUUCAAGUACCGAGGAGGGCUCGCUCGUGGUCAACGUGCUUAGCGAAUACUUGAAGCGACGAAGGGAAGUGGCAGCGCUACCUGAUCCGAGAGACGACGUCACACGACGUCAAGAGAAUGUCGGCCUGAAUCCGUUACCUUCUGAAAUCCUAUCGCCAGCCGCCUCCCUGUGGGCCCACAGGGCCCACCGCACCUCGUUCACACUGACACUGCCCUCACUGCCCCGCUGCGCAAGAGCACUCCGCAGCGGCUCAAAGCAUCGCGGGACAGCCUGUCGUCUCCUCAUCUCACUCAGCAGGCUUAUGACCGCCCAGCACAAUGCAUCACGGUCCCAUUCUGCCUCUGGCACCUGAUCGAGACUUGGGAAGUAGAGGUGUGGGAGCAAGCCCGACCACUGAGUGCCGUCAAUCGGCGCAGACUGCACGCAUGUGACAAGAUGCCGGCGAGUGGUUGAUGAAUGCACCAUGUACCUUUCUGCAUCACUUACUGGUUGGAGUCUCGUUUUUGUCUGCAGGUGCUGCAUGGCAGCCUCAAUGGUGGGAUGCCGCUGCAGGAUGCGACGACGCAACCCCCGCAGCCAAGACACUCCUGGCGUUGUCACACAGACAGACAGACAGACGAUUGUGUCUCACGCGCAAGGGCGAGAGUGUGCGUGGGCCCACCUACCUUGUGAGUGUGUCAUUAUCCGUGUCUCGCGCACCGGCGGGGCUUCGGCAGCUGCCUGUGCUGCGGGAGGCUCGGCCUUCACGGCCCUGCUAAUGCCCCGUCGUAACUCAUCGAAAGUCACAACACCGUUCUGCUUGACAUCAAGCUCUCUGAAGAGGCUCGAUGCCGCUGCAUCGUCGAUGUCUCUGUCGAGGUCCAAUCGCUGGAGAGAUCGGCAGAACUCUAGCCGCGUCAGCCUGUGGGCAGACGAGCGCCAUGACAUACGCAUGGCAUCAUCUCUGUCUGGUUCAUUCCCUUUCCUCUUUGACUCACCGGUCAUCAAAGUUCUCAUCCAUGCGAAGAAACGCCUUGUCGAGUGUGCCGAACCGACGCACAAGAACAUCACGCAGCUCGACCAGAGACAGAGGAGGGGCUGCAGAUGGCGGCUGAGGAGCAGCGACAGGCGAGACGGCAGCUGAGACUGCCGGCGUCUCUCUCGGACGAAUGACCCCCUGCUGCUGUGCCAUGGCUUGAGCCCUCUCAAACUGAGACGCCAUGUCCUGCUCGCCCCUCCCCCUCGCCGGCACAUCAUAUUGUGGCUCCCCAUCUCUGUCCCGGCCCUCGUCGUGACGAUCCACCUCCCCAGCACGCCGACGUGCCCCCACGUCCUCAUAGCUCUGGGUGGCCUCCUUACGGAAGGUCAUGGGCGCCUCAGGCAUUGGGUGGUAGGGUUCAGAUGGCUGUGUUGCGAGGGGCGGCGGGUGAAGCGGCAUCUGAUAAAGUGGCUGUUGUUGCUGUGCUGGAUAUGGCUGUUCGUCUGCUGCUGUGAGUGAGUAUGUGGCCUGCGGGGAGUAGGGGGGCGGGGCGGGACCCAUGGCUGGGGCAGCGUACGCGGUUGGGGAAGGGAGAGGGGCAGAUGGAGGAACGGGCGGGGGCUGCGAGGGAGGGGGAUAAACCGAAGGCUGUAUGAGAACAAUGUAGAAUGACGUUGAUGUUGCAUCGUGCUCACCACCGCUCACCUGCACAUCGUGACGGCCUGGGUGGGCGGAGACCGGCCGUCCGUGUGUAGGGGGUGCGGGUCGACCAUAAAUCUCCCACAUGUCCCCCUCGAGGUCCCCCUCGUCGGCUGAGUCGUCCCACACCUCCGCGAUGUCCUCGGGGAUGUCGUCCUCAAAAUCGUUGUCAUACUCACCGGACAUGCCGAGCCGGGACUACCAGAAGUAUAACAGAGAAACAAGCCAAGCAGAUCAGGGAAAGUCGUAGACGCUCUUUGAGACAAACACACCCAGAUCACUUGACAGUCUCAGAAGUUUGACGUCCAAGGCAGCUGUUUCAGCGUCUCGUCACGAACACACCUCGAAACACCCAAGGAACACCCUCUUUCUCCUGUGCGUAGAACACUUCAUCAAUGUUCUUGUUGUGUAACACUGUUGUGUAACUGUUGCCGCCAAACAGGUUAGUACCUGGAUUUGGUGCUUGUUACCUGGAUUCGCUGCUUGUUUUGCGG